GUAUUGUACAAUUAUUUCUAGAAUGCACACCAUGAUUAUGUACUUCAACUGGUUUACGACCGCUUUCAUUAUGUACGGACUGGCUCUAUCUUGGCAGAACCUGACAGGGGGUCUUUUCUUGAAUUUCCUGAUCGGUACAAUCCUUGAUUUCCCUGCUAAAACUCUAGCUAUGGUGCUAGUUCUCAAGAAGGGAAGAAAAUACCCUUACAUGAUUGGAAGCGCUAUCACAGGAGUUAUGUUUCUGGGUACCCUGUUUAUCGAGCGUGACGUAUAUCCUGGAAACUGGCCGAUUGUCGUCCUUGCUCUCAUUGGAAACUUCUCCACUACUUUAUGCUUCGCCAUCUUGUAUAUGUACACAGGAGAGAUUAUGCCAACCACUGUUCGAGCUGCUGGUGUCGGCUCCUCCUCUCUUGUAAGUAAAGUGGGUGGAACUCUCUCAACUACCGUCGCCGCUUUGGCCGAUAUUCACCCCGCCAUCCCCACCCUCAUAUUCGUCACCCUCGGCCUCCUCUCCUCCGGCCUCACCUGGUUCCUCCCGGAGACCAAGGGGCGCAAGAUGCCGGAAACAAUUGAUGACGUAGAAAGGUUGACUUGCUGCGCACAGGAGAGAAAUCCAGGAAAUGGGGAAGAUUAAUUGUUGAAAUACUCCCGGACUAAAAUCUGUAAAUUAUUAAUGUAUAAUGUUUACAAAAUCAGUGUACAAUCUACAAUCUGUGUACCCUGUACAUUGUGCAAUCUAUGUACCCUGUCCCCAGUACAAUCUGUGUACAGUGUACACUUUGUCCAGUACAAUCUGUGUACAGUGUACAGUGUGUCCUGUAGAAUCUGUGUGUGAUGUCCACUGUAAAAUCUGUGUACCCUGUACACCGUAGAAUUUGUGUACCCUGUACAUUGUACAAUGAUAAUCUAAGUACCCUUUACGAUCUGUUUACCGUAUACACUGUACAAUCUGUGUACCCUGUACACUGUACAACCUGUGUACCCUAUACAUUGCACAAUCUAUGUACCCUAUACCCAGUACAAUCUGAGUACCCAUGGUACGAUCUGUGUAUCCUGUUUAUCGAACAAUAUGUGUAUCUUGCACACUGUACAAUCUGUGUUCCCUGUACAUUGUACAAUCUAUGUACCCUAUACCCAGAACAAUCUGUGUACCUUGUACAUUGUACAAUCUAUGUACCCUGACCCUGAGCAUUGUGCAAUCUGUAUACCCUCUACUAUAUGUCAAAAAUCUCUGUAAAAUCUCUAUGUUUGAUUGCAAUGUUUUCAGCACUGAGCACUGUACUGCAGUGUACAUUUCAAAGUUUGAAUAUUUACAUAUUUUAUUAGUACAUUAGUACCAGUAACAAUAAUUAACUAAUUUUCAAGAUCGUUUUCAAGAUUGUUUUCAAGAAAGUCUUCCUUUGAUAUUUUAAAAAUACUAAAAAGGGAAAAUAAUUCCUUUGCUGCAAUGAGAAGAUUAUGUCUGUACAAACUGUACAAUCAAGUACAGUGUAGAAUGAGAAGAUUAUGUCUGUACAAACUGUACAAUUUAGAAUGAGAAGAUUAUGUCAGUACAAACUGUACAAUUAAGUACAGUGUAGAAUGAGAAGAUUAUGUCUGUUCAAACUGUACAAUUAAGUACAGUGUAGAAUGAUAAGAUGUCUGUACAAAUUGUACAAUUAAGUACAGUGUAGAAUGAAUAGAUUCUGUCUGUACAAACUGUACAAUUAAGUACAGUGUAGAAUGAAGAAAUAGCU